AUGGAUUUGGCUUAUAUCACAGCAACGCCCAUGAGCGCAUGGAAACGGAGCAUAGCAGCAGUAACACCAUGGUUACCACAGCAACGUAAUGGACUUGUGGAUCGACAUGGCAAGCUGGAGAGCUAUCAUGGUUACUUUUCAUGUUGUCAGCAGGGAGGAUCAUGGCACGUGGAUACUGCUGAGGAGGAUGAAUGGAUGAAUCAUGCAUUUGGCCAAAGGCGUUUCACAACCAUGGAUGACAUGCAACAUGGAUUCAAGACACAGCUUGAUUUACUUCCCUCGAGCUACAAGAAGCCUGCUAUACAAUACCACGUUUGA